AUGACUGAGGGACCGAAGUCCAUCUUACAGUUAACUGCCAGCUCACCCUCGACUCGUUCUCUUCGUCCUUUCACCGCGUUUAAGAACUAUUCCAUAGGACUCACUCGUCUCGUUCUGAUACCAUACCCUCAUUCCCGUCUCUGCCACAUCACUCCACUCAAGCAGUUCAAGGUCGGGUACUUUUGGGACCUAGAACUCGAGCUUGCUUGGGAUAUCGAACAAACAAAACGUCAAGAUUCCCUCCCAGCAAACAGCCGACGGCGAGAGCCAGAACAAGUCGUCAAAGCGCAGGUUAUCCCACGUAGAGUAUCCCCAGCUGAAAAAGAAGACCAUGGCGGUGAGUUGGCUCCCUCCGAAGAUGCCGCCAAAGGAGACGUCGACAUGGAGACCAAGAUGCAGGUGGACGAGUCGGUGGUAGGCAGCACCGAGAUCGACGAGUCGUUAUACAGCAGACAGCUUUACGUUCUCGGACACGAGGCCAUGAAGCGUAUGGGUGCUUCGAAUGUGCUCAUUGUUGGAUUGAAGGGCCUGGGUGUCGAAAUUGCGAAGAACAUCGCCCUGGCUGGCGUUAAGAGCCUCACACUUUACGACCCCGCACCUGCUGCUAUCGCCGAUCUCUCCUCGCAAUUUUUCCUCCGUCUUGAUGAUGUGGGGAAAUCCAGAGCAGAAGUUACGGUGCCCCGAGUCGCUGAGCUGAACGCGUAUACACCUGUUUCAGUGCAUGAAUCUAGCAGUCUAAUCACCGAUCUCUCCCAAUUCGAUAAAUACCAAGUGGUCGUUCUCACCAACACUCCUAUCAAGGACCAAAUUGUGAUUGGGGACUACCUACACUCAAAAGGCAUAUACCUCGUGGUGGCGGAUACAUUUGGCCUGUUUGGAUCAAUAUUCUGCGACUUUGGAAAAGAUUUCACUGUUUUAGAUUCCACAGGCGAAGCGCCAGUCAGUGGAAUAGUUGCUAGUAUUGACGAGGAGGGAUUGGUGUCGGCUCUGGAUGAGACGAGACACGGACUGGAAGAUGGCGACUUUGUCACGUUUACCGAGCUUGUCGGGAUGGAGGCUCUCAACGGUGCAGAGCCACGGAAAAUCACAGUGAAGGGUCCAUAUACGUUCUCAAUUGGCGAUGUCUCAUCAUUGGGCACGUAUAAGAAGGGCGGUAUCUACCAACAAGUGAAGAUGCCCAAAUUCAUUGACUUCAAGCCUAUGUCUGCAUCGCUCAAAGAUCCCGAGUUCCUAAUCUCCGAUUAUGCCAAGUUUGACCGCCCGCAGCAGCUACACAUCGGGUUUCAAGCCAUCCAUGCAUUUGCGGAGCAACAUGGACAUUUGCCCAGACCUAUGCACAAGGAGGAUGCUGCGAUUGUGGUCGGGUCUGCAAAUGCUUUUGCGAAGCAGGAGAAGUUGGAUGUGGAGUUGGACGAGAAACUCCUCCUGGAACUGAGCUAUGAGGCCCAAGGUGACCUGAGUCCGAUGGCAGCAUUCUUCGGCGGUCUUGCUGCUCAAGAAGUCUUAAAGGCAGUCUCCGGUAAAUUCCACCCAAUUAAGCAAUGGCUCUACUUCGAUUCUUUGGAAUCACUACCUGCCAGCGCCGCCCGAUCAGAAGAGUUAUGCAAACCCCUAAACUCUAGAUACGAUGGGCAGAUCGCGGUUUUCGGUAGGGAAUACCAAGAGAAACUUGGGAACGUUACCCAAUUCCUAGUUGGUGCCGGUGCUAUUGGUUGUGAAAUGCUCAAGAAUUGGGCUAUGAUUGGGCUUGGCGUUGGGCCCAAGGGAAAAAUCCACGUUACGGAUAUGGAUUCGAUUGAGAAGAGUAAUCUCAACCGCCAGUUUCUCUUCCGGCCUAAGGAUGUAGGGCAGUUGAAGAGUGAAUGUGCUGCUACCGCCGUCCAAGAAAUGAACCCGGAUUUGAAAGGUCAUAUCGUCACAAUGCGAGACCGAGUAGGGCAAGAUACGGAGCAUAUCUUCCACGAAGAAUUCUGGAAUUCUUUGGAUGGAGUCACGAAUGCGCUCGACAAUGUUGAUGCUCGUACAUACGUUGACCGCAGAUGUGUGUUCUUCCGAAAGCCGCUUUUAGAGAGCGGUACCUUGGGCACCAAGGGCAACACUCAAGUCAUCAUCCCUCACCUGACAGAAUCUUAUUCUAGCUCGCAAGAUCCUCCUGAGCAAUCAUUCCCGAUGUGCACGUUGAGAAGCUUCCCGAACAAGAUUGAGCAUACCAUUGCCUGGGCUAGAGAGUUAUUCGAGUCUUACUUCGUCAAGCCUGCUGAGACCGUAAAUCUCUACCUCAACCAACCAAAUUAUCUUGAGACAACCCUAAAGCAGGGCGGUAACGAGAAGGCCACGCUCGAGAUGAUCCGUGAUUUCUUAGUAGAGGAUAAGCCUCUGAGCGUGGAAGAUUGCAUCAAAUGGGCUCGUUUGCAGUUCGAAAAGCAGUACAAUAAUGCCAUUCAGCAACUAUUGUACAACUUCCCCAAAGACUCAACCUCGUCAAGCGGAGCUCCCUUCUGGUCAGGACCAAAGCGUGCUCCAGAUCCAUUAAAAUUCGACCCUAAGAAUGAGUUCCAUUGGACCUUUAUCGUUUCAGGAGCUAACCUUCAUGCUUUCAACUACGGCAUCAACACCAAGGAUAUGGACGCAGGCAUGAUUCAGAAGGUGUUGGACAACAUGAUCAUUCCAGACUUUUCACCAAAUGCUGGCGUAAAGAUUCAGGCUGAUGAUAGUGAGCCCGAUCCAAACGCGAAUGCCUCUGCAUUUAAUGAUAGCGAAGAGCUAGAGAAAAUCACUAGCCAACUUCCAGAGCCAAAGAAAUUGGCAGGCUUCAAGCUUCAACCAGUUGAAUUCGAGAAAGAUGAUGAUACGAACCAUCAUAUCGAUUUCAUCACAGCGGCAAGCAACUUACGUGCGGAGAACUACAAGAUCGAACUCGCUGAUAGGCAUAAAAUCAAAUUUAUUGCCGGAAAGAUCAUCCCCGCUAUCGCCACGACAACUGCCCUCGUUACGGGACUUGUCAUCCUGGAGUUUUAUAAAGUCAUUGACGGAAAGAGCGAUAUCGAGCAAUAUAAGAAUGGCUUCAUCAACCUUGCACUGCCUUUCUUCGGUUUCAGCGAACCUAUUAGCAGCCCCAAGGACAAGUACAAAGGAAAGACUGGUGACGUUGCGAUCGACAAACUUUGGGAUCGUUUUGAGGUUGACAACAUUACGCUGCAAGAACUAAUAAAUCAUUUCGAUGAGAAGGGACUCGACAUCACUAUGCUGAGUUCCGGGGUUAGUCUCUUGUAUGCUAGCUUCUUCCCGCCAUCCAAACUCAAGGACAGAUAUCAAAUGAAGCUGAGCGAGCUUGUUGCCCAUAUCUCGAAGAAGCCAAUCCCAGACCACCAGAAGAAUGUCAUCUUUGAGAUCUGUGUGGAGGACCAGAGCGGCGAGGAUGUCGAGGUUCCUUAUAUCAUGAUGAAGAUGGGUAACUAG